AUGAGCUGCGAACAUGCGAACCGUGCGCUGUCUGGUAUCCACUUCAACUCGACCGCUACUCAUGCUCGCUUCGAGGAUAAGUGCGGCGACAACAUCCGCAAGACGACGGAGCCCGUGAAGACGGUGCUGCGCGACGCCAAGCUGCCGAAGAACCAGGUGCACAAGGUGGAGCUGGCCGGCGACUCGGAGCGAUUCCAUAACGUGCAGCAGCUUCUGUCGUACUUCUUCAACGGCACGGAGCCCACCAAGUUGAUCAACCCGGUCGAGUGUAUGGCGUACGGUGCAACCGUGGUGGAGACCAUGCCGAGCGGCAACGACUCGUCUGAGAAUCUGCAGAGGCGAAGACUUGGCUGGAGAGCUACGCCUACAGUGUGUGAGCUUGAAAACGAGAAGCUGAAGGAGAAGAUUCAGGAAGCCGACGGAAACGUGGCGGACAACGACAUAACGGAAAUGAUCCAGUUGUUGGACAAGAAUUAUUCGUUGGAGAAGGAGGAAUAG